GCGAUAAGCGUGGUAUAUUCUUGCUUCAGUUAACUUAGUCAUUUUCAAUGACAGUCGACGUAGAGAGAUCGCAGCUUCAUCGCUGCUGACCAAACACGAUAAUAAUCAUGAACUCCAGUAAAAGCAACUCUCAGACGGACAUUACGGAAUAUCAGAAUGGUCACAAGGAUGUUGGCCCAAGCAGUAUUGAAGACGAGCCCCUCCUCAGAGAGAACCCCAAACGAUUUGUCAUUUUCCCUAUUCAAUAUCCAGACAUCUGGAAAAUGUACAAACAAGCUCAAGCUUCAUUCUGGACAGUUGAGGAGGUGGAUUUAUCAAAGGACUUGGUUCACUGGGACAGCCUGAAGUCUGAAGAGAAACACUUCAUAUCCCAUAUACUGGCUUUCUUUGCAGCAAGUGAUGGGAUAGUCAACGAGAACCUAGUGCAGAGGUUCAGUCAAGAGGUGCAGCUCCCGGAGGCUCGAUCCUUCUACGGCUUUCAGAUCCUCAUCGAGAAUGUGCACUCCGAAAUGUACAGCAUGCUCAUCAACACCUACAUAAGGGAUCUGAAAGAGAGGGACUAUUUGUUUAAUGCAAUUCAGACCAUGCCUCUUGUAAGGCGGAAAGCAGACUGGGCCUUACAGUGGAUCUCUGACACAAACUCAACUUUUGGAGAGCGACUAGUAGCUUUUGCUGCGGUGGAAGGCAUCUUCUUCUCUGGAUCAUUUGCUGCCAUCUACUGGUUGAAGAAAAGAGGCCUGAUGCCCGGACUCACCUACUCCAAUGAACUCAUCAGCAGAGAUGAGGGUCUGCACUGUAAUUUCGCCUGUCUAAUGUACAGCUACUUGGUGAAAAAACCUUCUGCUGGCAGAGUGAAUGACAUCAUCAAAAAGGCUGUGAGCAUUGAACAGGAGUUUCUCACAGAAGCCUUACCGGUCAAUUUGAUCGGGAUGAACUGCUCUCUCAUGAAGCAGUACAUUGAGUUUGUGGCUGACCGAUUGCUAACAGACUUAGGAUUGGCCAAAGUUUACCGUUCAGAAAACCCCUUCGACUUUAUGGAGUCAAUCUCAUUGGAGGGAAAAACAAAUUUCUUCGAGAAGCGAGUUGGCGAGUACCAGCGACUUGGAGUGAUGUCAAACAUGAUGGACUGUGAAUUCACUCUUGAUGCAGAUUUCUAACGAUGAACUUGAAGAAAUUGUAUUUAUUUAUUGGACAGUGUUUUAUUACUUCCUAAAGAAAGAAAAGUCGUCAACUGACUUUUUGUUUGUUUUUAAGUCCAAGCUGAAAAUGAAAAAUGAACAGUG